CUCGAGGGUUCAUUUGAUUUUGUUCUACCAGCAACAACUCGCCGGAGCGCACUCACCAUCUCAUACCUACUAGAUCAACAGUAGAGCGCAACGAUGGCACCAAAGAAAGCGAAGAAGACAUCCGACUCCAUCAACUCGCGCCUGGCGCUUGUGAUGAAGUCCGGCAAAGUCACCCUCGGCUACAAGUCUACCCUGAAAUGCCUUCGAUCUGGCAAGGCCAAGCUGGUCAUCAUCGCCGGCAACACUCCUCCUCUUCGCAAGAGUGAGCUCGAGUACUACUCUAUGCUUUCCAAGACCAAUGUCCACCACUUCGCUGGCAACAAUAUCGAACUGGGCACUGCUUGCGGUAAGCUCUACCGAUGCUCGACCAUGGCUGUCCUCGACGCUGGUGACUCCGACAUUCUCGGCGCCGCGGCAUAGACGACCAUUAGGCCAUCACUCAUGAUGACUGCCAAUCAAUGAAACCUUCCAAUGAUACCCUCAUCAGCAUGUUCCGAGGAUGGGUGGCCGUGUGGCAUGAAGAGCAUGUACCAAAACGUCCCCACAAGGAGAAAAAGUGUGCCAGCGGUGCGAGUGGUGCCAGAUAGAGGAAGCAUAGAAGUAUCUAGUCAAUGAUUGAGCUUCCUUUGGGUGACAUGAAGUCUUUUUCAGUUUUCCUGCUGCAGUCUUGUCUUUCUGUUGCCUUCUGAUUGCCUCCCUGCGGACGGAGGAUGUAUUCAAGCCAUGCGAAUUAGCCACUGUACAGCACCUUUGCCUGGUGCACUGCCCCAUUGUAUGCAUCUAUCGGACA